UGUUGUAUUCGAAGCAAGCUCCGCUCCCCGCGUUUCACUCGACCGCACCGCCCACCCCCGGAUCGAUCUCUCGCACCCGUCGAGAUGGCGGACGCGGUGGUGGCAGAAGCGGCGGUGGCCAGUGCGGCAACUUCUGUGGCGAGCGCUGGGGCCGUAGGGGGCGAAGAACAAGACAAGCUUCAUGGAUGGCAUUUGCACAAGAAGGAGGCGGAGUUCAUCGGGGAGAUCAAUGACAUGUACAAACACCUGGGAAUCGUACCUAUGCCCCCUGAGAUCGCGCCCUUCAAGGUGGAACAGUCUCAUGGAUGGAUGGGCAACUACUUCCGGGCUGCCUUCCCGGUCACACACUCCGACAUCCACAUCCCGGACCCCCACUCCAUCGGCUUCAUCGGCAAGGAGGCAAACAGCCUCUCGGUGACUCUGAGAAACUUCAAGCUCACAGAGAUCCAUGAGGACACACCGCACGACCGUCACGCGGCGGCGGCUCUGGUGGUGAACGAGUUCCACCACUUCGUGCGGAAGCUCGCGGGCCAGAUGAACCCCACUUCUGACGUGAUCAACGAUGUUGGCGCACGCAUCAACCUCAUUGAAUGCUUCAUCACCCGCUGCAACAUCGGAAUGCACAAGUAUCGGCCGUUCCUUGCGCUGAUGGUGAAAAUAAAGGAAGAGCUCGGACAGAUCGUGAGCUUAUGGCCAGCUUUCCGAGCCCAGCAGAAGCUGCAGGAGCAGAUACGUGCCGUAAAGUUGCACGUGGAUGCCGCCUUGCUGCGUUUGCUGGGCUACAGCUUUUACGUCUUGAAGUGCGAAGCCGGGGAUUUCUCCUUCGAUCCCCAGGACUGGCACCCGGAGAUCAAAGACACAGAGAGCGUGCACGACAAGCUCAUGCACUGGCUGAUGCUGCAAGAGAACGUUUACAACGCCGUCACCAACCACAGCAUCGACCGAGAGAAGUGGACGAAACGGCUCAUGGACACUGGGCAUGAGGGCGACAUCCUGCAUCAGAUGUCCGACACCUGGACAGAUCCCAGCUCCAUGAGCGAGCCGGUGCUGCAGAUCGGAGACAUGCGAGGAGAUGAGAGCGGCUUACCCAGCAACGUUUUCGCCUUCGAGACCGAUAUGAGUCCCGAGCAGCGACGAUCCGCCAUCGAGCUGUGGCUCACUCUGGUACGAGAGGCAGUGGGCUUCGCGAUUGGUGCCCAGAUGAUGGACCAUGCCUACACCUUGUCCUGUCUCGGUGGGGAGCUGCUGAUUGCCAAGCAGACCUCCAAGGACUUGGCCCUUAGCACCUUGAAGUUCGUGCGGAACCGCCUGGCGGAGGUGCAGACCACGAUGCUGGCCUUGGACAAGAUCAUGCUUCCGGUGCUGGCGAAGGGCAAGAUGAAGAAUUCCGAGAAUUACGUUUGGAACAAUGUGACUUUCACGAACUGGUCGAAGAACUACGAGUACGCCAAGACCCACUGUGCCCCUGGCAUCCUGACACACGCCAACGAAGCGCGGUCCACCAUUUGCUCGCUGGAGACUGAGAUCCAGGACCUGGACAUCGCACAGGUGGAGAAGAAGAUCGGGGACGUGGGGAAGUCCCUCAUCUCGCUGUGCAAGAACUCCUGCAAGCUGUUCAAUGAGCAUGACGGCAUCCCCGAUGUCCAAGAGCUCGAAGUGCCCCAGCUCUUGCCCGACGUGCCGCAAAGUCUCAAGGCUUUGGAGACCAAGAUCGACAGCGAGACCAGGUGCAUUGAGUCAGGUAUCAAGGUAUCAACGUCCUUCGGGUCGGCUGCGAACACACAUGCCUUCUCGAACUUAACAGCCCCGAAUUCAGGCAGUUCUUUGAGCAGCGUGGGCUACCUCUCCUCGGGCAGAAGCUGGACCGCCAUGUUCGCCCCAGCCGUGGCCAAGACGGAGUUCGCCAAGUUCAUCAUGAAGGUCACCUUGGAGCGGCCUGGGGAGUACGAGGACGACGAGAACGAGGUGCAGGUCGUGGAGUUCUGGAAGCGCAUGGGCUUCGAAGACGUGGCCGAGGUGGUGCAACUGCGCAGUGGGGGCGAGCCAGUGCUGGGCGUCAGCUGUAUGGGUCUGGAGGCCUUGUGCGGCUUGAAGCAUUAUGCCCAGGUGGUCCGCCAGCUGCCGGUCUCCGAUCCCAAGGCGCAGCGCGCCACGCUCUCUGGGGAGCUGAAGCUCUCCAAGGAGCGCAGCGGCGCGCUGAAGAAGCUGCUCGCAGACCUCGAGGAGGACUUGGGCCAGCGCAUCCCUCCGGGACAUUCGCAGAUUCUGCUGCGAGACCUGGCCCUCGAGCUCGACAUGGGAGAAAAAAACCAGGUGCUGCAGGCCGUGUCCAUGGGAUUCCCUUCCAAGAAGGGCGGAAUUGUGACAAUGGUUCGUCUGCAAAUCACCCUAGAGGUCACCGGGAAAUGCUGUGUGAACAGCCGGCUGCACUGGGACGCUGACCUGGCGGUCUUGGUGCUGCCCUCCUUGAAGGAGGUCGUGGCCCGCGUCUUCGAGAUGUCCCGAGGCGUGCCUGGGGCGAAGAUGCAAACGGCCCAGACCCAGGCGGAGCUGACUGGCGAGCUCUUCCAACUGAUUUCAUCCGGGACUGAGAUCUUCCAAAGACGGUUCAGCCCAGAGCGGUAUCCGGAAGUGCAGCAAUGGCUACGCAAGGGCUACUCCGUCACUGCUGUCGAGGCUAAGCCUUUGAACAGUGACAGCUGCACAAUUUGCUGACUGGUUGUUUUUUGUUUUUGCAAGCCCGGACGAAUCAAAGGGCUUAGGGGCCUGGGAAGGGGUUCUUCCCAUGAAAAGCCCGACAGAUGAGGACAUUCGGGCAAGUUCUGUGUCCUUGUCGGUUCCGAGGCAGGCUGAAGCUAUGCCAACUUUUUGCCUCAAACCAUUGUCGACGAACCGGCACAUCUGGCAUUG